UUGGCGUAGAUUGCACAAAAAGCUGAGUCCUUUUUCUCCGACAACAUACACAAAAAGAGACCCAUUUGAAAUCGAUUCCUUAUUGAAAAAUUGUUGUUCAUUAGGGAAUAAUUUUCGUAUCGAAUACAGGUGAAAUUAAAACUGGUCGGUCUGAUUCGUAUGUGACAUCUGCGGAUCGAGGUUCUGUUUCUAUAGAAGAAGCACUUGCAUUUGUUUGAUCUUGCUGCAAAGAUUAAUGUUCAUCCUCAAUCUUAAACAUGCCCCUUUACGUUGAUCGCGAGGCUCCGAAGCUAUGGAGACGAAUUUACUCAGAAGCGACGUUAGAAGCUUCUCUCCUUGCAGAAAAAUGGAAGCUUGUUCUCGCUGGACUUGUAUUUCAGUACAUUCAUGGACUUGCUGCUCAUGGAGUUCACUACUUACACCGACCUGGUCCAACGCUACAAGAUGCUGGUUUCUUUAUUCUUCCAGCGCUUGGGCAAGACAAAGCCUUUGUUAGUGAAACUGUGUUUGUCACUAUCUUUGGAUCGUUUGUCUUGUGGACCUUUCAUCCUUUUGUUUCCCACAGUAAAAAGAUUUGUACAGUUUUGAUAUGGUGCAGAGUUUUUGUUUAUUUAGCAGCUUCUCAAAGUCUGAGGAUCAUUACAUUCUUUGCAACACAGCUUCCUGGGCCGAACUAUCAUUGUCGAGAGGGCUCCAAGCUUGCCAAGAUUCCGCCUCCAAAGAAUGUUCUUGAAGUACUCUUGAUUAACUUUCCUGAUGGAGUGAUAUAUGGUUGUGGAGAUCUAAUAUUUUCAUCACAUACGAUAUUCACUUUAGUCUUUGUACGCACAUAUCAAAGAUACGGCACACGAAGGUGGAUCAAGCAUUUGGCUUGGCUUAUGGCAGUUGUACAAAGCCUAUUGAUUAUAGCAUCAAGGAAACAUUACACAGUUGACAUUGUUGUUGCAUGGUAUACUGUGAACCUUGUGAUGUUCUACGUUGACAGCAGACUUCCAGAAAUGGCUGAGCGUUCUAGUGGACCUUCCCAGACGCCUUUACUUCCACUAAGUACAAAGGAUAGUAAGAACAGGAGCAAAGAGGAUCAUCAGAGACUUCUAAACGAGAACAACGUAGCAGAUGAUCAUUGAUGUUCUCUCCAAUCUCAAAUUCUCAGAGCAGAAUCUUAGUUAGAAACUGUGCUGGUUUUCUGCAUGUUAGUCAUAAACUAAACAGAAAUUUCUCAGUUUCAAGCUACAAUAUAGGAUACACACAGUUCUCUUCUCUUUGUUCGAAGUGCAAAUACAAAUUAUACAACUCAUUAAUAGAUGUGUUUCGUGGA